AUUAAUUUUUUUUAAAAGACUACAAUUUAUGUUUCCAAACACUCCAAAUUUUUUAAAUAGUCCUAUUCAAGUCUCCAAACACUCCAAUUUUGUACUUGAGUUUUAAUAAGAUAGAUUAUAGAGGUAAAAAUAGCAAUGGGUUGGAGAUGCUCUAAGGCAAUUUAACCAUACAUUUAUUUGAUGUUAAAGGUACCAAUGGUAUUAAUAACUUGUUGGAACACAGCUGAUAUAACCGUUAAAGUUAUAAUUAAAAUUUUAUAUAGACGACGAAUCUGGUCGGAGUAGGAAUUAAAAAUCGGUGAUCUGACGCAUUAACUUAUCAACCCUACCAUAAUAAUUUGAUAAAUUUUCUCGUGUAAUGUUGGAGUAUUACUAUCUCAGUUUUAGUUUUACAGAGCAGGUGUUUACAACUUCUUUGUACCCUAGCCAUUACACAUUUCUUGUUUAAAUUUAUUUUGAUGUACUACAAAUACCUAAAAUAAAAACCUUAUUUAACAAUUGUUUGGUUGUGCCAAAAAAAAUAACAAUUGUUUGGUUUUAAUAUUUUUUCUAUAUCUAGUCAACAAUCCUUGUGGUAAUUAACUACAGUUACAAUAUCAAAGAAUUUCUAUGUAAAAUAUUUACUACAUAAACAAUUCAUGAUGUUAAAGAGCAUUUUGUCUCGUCGUGAAAUUAAGAAUCUACUACAAUGGAGCCAUGUGCCAUUGUCCUGUCUCCUAAAUUUGAACGUUAUAUAGUAUCUCUCGUUUCCAACGUCUCUUUUUCCUACAUCAAGUCCAUUUUUAUUUUUUGGAGAACUCCAAGAUAUUCCGUCCUUUUUGCCUCUUUGGAUGUGUAUUAUAAUGCACUGAUCGAAGGAUUGUAGUCAGAAUUUAAAUGACAUGUAUAAAUACUUAAUAUUACAUUGUUUUAUUUACAUGUUCCCUGUAACUUGUAUAUUAGAUGUAACAACUUGGAUUUAGAAUUUUAAAGUGUUAUAAUAUGAAAAAUAUAUAUUUGUAUCACUUCUACCUUGUAUAUAAUUCGAUUUAUCUAAUGACCGCGUUUAGAUGUGUCAUGUGUGGAAAAAACGAACCUUGUAGGUUAAUUAGCUAAAUAAACACCAGUAUAAUAAUAAAUCAAACUAAAUGUUACACAUAUUUGGUGCCCAUCCAAGGAGAAGAACAAUAUUUGAGAAAAAAAAAAACAAAGUUCGUAGAGUUUGGUCCUCCUACACAAGUUGAACAUUACUCUGCUAUACAAAUCUUUAAUGAAAUUUGCGACCAAAGUCAGUAAAUACUUAGACAAAUAUGCAUUUAAAAUUUUGAAUAUUAGCAAGACUGCAUACGCAAGUUUAGUCGACACAUGUUUUAUGAGAAACUAUUUUUUUUUUCGAUCUUAAUUUCAUAUCUGGUGACAUCCUAAUAUGCUAUCUUGAUUUAAGACUAAGAGUACUAUCUUUUCAUUUUUGUUUAACAGUUUUUAAUGAUGAUUUUAAUUUUAUAUUUUGCGAUUCUUACUGUAUAUAGCUAAUUUUUUUUUUUGUUGUUGUUGUAAAAGAUGUAUGAAGCUAAUUUGACAAUUCAAAAGAUCGUACGGUCGUACCGAUAUACAUAUGCUCAAUAGUCCAAUACCAAUGUACAUAUACAUGGUAACUGUUACAGAAUCGGAACUGGUUUGAGCUUUGGUGUUUGAGACCUAAACAAUAAAAACAAAAUCAGACAUCAUAUGGAAAUGGUAUAUUUUAAAUGAUCGUUAUACGUUUUCGUGUUCGUGCUUUGUACUGGUUUAGUCAUUUAGGUAUAUAUAAUGAUAUCCAUACAUAAUAUUAUAAUUUCUCAAUCAUGAAACUAAACUUUAUUUUUUUCUAUAUAUCCGUACUAAAUGUUUUCGCCCCAGGCUCGAAGUCGGUAAGCUCUAGAGAGACACGGAACUGAAAAAUGAUACACAAUGUCUAUGGAACAUUUAUAUUAUACAGAGAAAUGUCACUUUCACAUUGACUUCUUUCUAACUAUUAUGGCCCUAUCCUAGAUAUGAACGUUAACUAAAAGUCUUCCUAGUCAAAUUUGCUUAUGUAUAAUCACAUUUUCUUUUCAACCAAGAAAACAAUUCAAUGCGGUAGGUCACUUGAAUGAUGUAUGUCCACCUAGAUAGGCUUGUCCUUGAUGUUUACGACUUUACGGUAGCAUAAUAGUAUUAUAUAAAUAAAAUAACUGUAAAUGUGUGUCUAUUAUAGUGCCGGCCGCAAAUAGUAUUCGUCACGAAACAUAGUCUAUUAAACCAUUUGAUAAAAAAAAAAGACUAUUAAACCAUUCAGACACUACGGCGUACAUCAGAGAUGUGGUGUUGCUAAUUAAUGGCUUGAAUCUGUUCGGCUUCUGGUGGUCUUUAUGUUUUUAACUAAGACGGUGUGAUGUUAUUAUUGGAUCCUAUAAUGGUAAUGGGCUUUAAUUAUUUUUCAAUUGUUUUAAAAAGUGGUAACUUAAACCAAAAGCUACUUUUCGAGUUUUGUAAUUGUCAAAACUUGCUCCACACGUUUGCUUGCGCCACAAGUUUCUCAUGGCUUUAUAAAUAACUUUCUUGCCAUUUCACAAGCUUUGACCGUUUCAUAUCUACAUCAAUAAAUUAAUAAUAAUGGCUGUAUUUUCAUCUUCGUCCUGGUCAGACCUACUCCCGGAGCUUAUAGAAGGUGUAUUCCACAGCCUAAACGAUGCUAGAGACAUCCUUAGUUGUGCCACCGUCUGUUCUUCUUGGAGAUAUUCAUCUUCGGCCGUGUACAGUCGCAAGUUUGUUCCAUUUCUCUUCGUUUCCCAUCCCUCCUCUGUCGUUGAAGAAGCUCAAUGCUCUGACGGAUUUAGAAUCAUAUCUCCGGAAAAUAUGGUUUUCUCCGGUAAUGAUCAGAGAUGGAUUUGUGGAAGCACAGGAGGGUAUCUAUUAACUGUCAAUGUUUCUUUCCCGUUUGAGGUAAACUUACAAAACCCGUUAACCAACACGGCUAUUCCUCUGCCACAAUUGGCGUCUUUCGAGGACGUGCAGCGGUUGCUUCAGUUCCAAGACAUCAUUCAGCAUUCUGGAACCCUAACCCUAAUUAAGAACUUUGUAAAGAAAGCAGUCUCUUCGACAAGUUUAUUAGACCCUGAUUGGAUUGUGCUCAUAAUCUACGACACCGAUGGAGGAAAACUAGCCUUCUGCAGACGAGGAGAUAAACAAUGGACGGGUUUAGAGUCUGAACACGUUGAUGACAUUGUGUUCUGCAGUGGCGUCUUCUUUGCUAUGGACAGAGUUGGAAGGAUAUAUCAGUGCGAGCUUAGCCCUAACAAUCCAAAAGCUAUUCCUCUAUGCAGCGCCUCGCCGUUUCGGUAUGAUCCUUGCAAGAAAUACUUUGCAGAGUCGGAUAAUGGCAACCUGUGGGUGGUUCUACAGAAGCUAGACGUUAGUGAUGAUUAUGACUUCACAACGUAUUUUGAGAUUUAUGAAUUUAAUCCAGAGACGGAAGAAUGGACUAUGGUGAGAAGCUUGAGAGGAAGGGCUUUGUUCUUGAGCCCUCAAGGUAGAUGUGUAGCGGUUUCAGCAGAUGAAACAGGAUCUGGAGGGUUCAUCAAAGAUAACUCUGUUUACUUCAUCGAUGAAAGUCUGAGCGUUUUUGAAUGGGAGAGUAAGCAAAUCAUGAAGCUUUACCAGUCAAGGUUUUGUAAUAGUAUGUUUUGGGUCACACCUGUGGAUGUUCUUCAAUAGGUGAAAACUGAUGUAUAAUUAGGGUUCAUAGUUUUUGUAUUGCAUAGUGAAUGUUUCAUAUUUCUGUUUGAGUUUUGAUUCUUGUUACACAUUACAUUUAUCGUAAUAGAUUUUUUCUAAGGGUUGUUAUGUAACAAAAAUAAAGUUA